CUUGGCGCCAUUUACAGCGCGAGAGAGAAGGAGAAAAUUUGUUUUGAGUCUGCGGCGAAGUACCCAGGGGGGAAAACCUGAAGAUCACAGUGCACUAUUUCACGUGUGCCUCAGCAAAUUUAUUUUUCUAUUCCGAUUUUGCUUCAGGACAGAUUUGGUUCCAGUUGAGCGAUCAGGUUGUUCUUGUGUAGUUGUUGGUGGUAGGAUCAACUUCUGAGGCCCGUUCACUUGGGCUGCUGCAAGUUCUACAGUUGUUUUGCAUGGACAGGUCACAUUCGGUACCUGAAAAGAUGAAGGAAAAUUUUCAGUCUUUGUUCUUCAUUAGUCUUCCUGACCUUCGGAAAUUGUGUGGCGUAACAGUCAAAUUGAACUGUCAUGAUGUUGAUGCAAGAAAUUUACAGUUUUUAACUUGCAGGGAACUGCUAUUUCAAUAUCCAGAAGUCCUUGCUGCCCCAGGAGAAUAUAAAGAAAUUCUCAUGAUAAUGUCAAUACUUUUUUAUAAGACGGGAAACAUUCAGGCAUACGUUCAAAAACAGGGAGGAAAGAUUGGUAUUCCACAAAGAGUGAUUCCCACUGUCCUGCAAGCAUGCCUGUCCUAUAGCCUGAUGGCAAAGCUUGCUCCUAAUUGGAACAAAGUAGGGCACUUACUGAUUCAUGGGAAAGACUUUUUGAGCAAAGCAGAAAAACAGAAUGCAGUUGUUUUGGAGUUGAAUGCCUCAGAGACCCAACUGUGUAUUAGUGUGGAAGCCUCCACUGUUCGACUGUCUCAAGCAAAGGUCGAAGACUUUGACAUAUCAGCAGGAGUGCUGAAGAGUUUCUACAACAGGAAAGUUGCUGUAAUUCCAAAACAUUUCAUUUCCAGUGAAUGGUGCUAUGUGUUGCCCAGUAUGAAGAAAGGGCAAAUUGUCAGUAUCAGCCAUGAGAUUCCACCACAUUGUCCAUUUCGAUCCUACAGAGAUUUUCAGAAACACUGGAAAAAUAUGUAUGGUUAUAAUCUUCCCGAGAUCAAUGAUGAUAUUACACUUUACUACACUGUAUACUUCAAGCUGAUUGGAGAGAAGCUGUUUACUUACCCUUUCUGUUGUGUUAGAAGUGAACCUGUCCAGUUUUUCCCAAGAGUGGAUUUGGAAGCAGUACUAACAUCAUUUUUCUCUGAUCUAAAAGUAAACUUUUCUAACCUCUGUGGGCUACCAAUAAAAAUGACCAACAAACCUUACUAUGCUACCAAUGAACUCAGCAUUUCCCAGACAGUACAAGCAAGACCACCAAAUCUGACUACUAAACCUGCCUUUAGAACUGCUUUGAGGCCGGUUCCCACAGUCAAAUAUGUCAUCAACCAAAGCUCUUCAGUUUGUCCAAUUAAUGGAAGCCAAAAGAUUGUCUUGGACAAUGAGUGGAAAAUUGAUUUGAAAACAGGUUUGGAGUCCAGUUCAGCAAAUACUGUUAUGCAAUGUGGAAGCACAAUGAGAUCAACUGAUAAAAGAGGUGUGCUUUCCCAGCACUCUCUACAGUGUGAAAAAUCGCAACUUGCUGCAUUAGGUACACAUGAACAGAUGAAAGUACACUCUACUUCAUAUAAUCAUAGUUCCAGUGCCUACAAGAUUAUACCGAUAUUUAAAAGCAAGCUAUUGCAAGAUAAGCGGCUCAUAGGUGCAAAGAGUAAUGAAAAUAUAAAUAAGUGGGAUGUCCAAUUUAAUUCAACACUUCUAACUCUAAAAUCAUCAACUGCUUACGCAGAAACAAAAAGACCAAACAAUAUGCAAGGAAAAGGAUCCAGGAGUGAAAAAGAAAUUAUUUUAUUAGACAUUUCACAGAAGCAGCAAUCGAUAGCAAAUAAAAGAGUGGAUAAACCAAGUGCUGAACCAGCUCAGAACACAAGUUCAGGUUCUGAGAUAAGUAUAAAUCAGGGCUCUGGGAUUCACAAGUCAAAAAUAACAGCAGGAAAAAUGAAACCUGAAGCUAGACCAUUUCAGUCAUUUGGAAAAAAUCAAGAACAAAGCAGCAUGAUUAUCCAGACGGGAGCCAAAACCAGAGCUGACAUUGUAAUUUCUGAUGGAUCAUGCACAGAUUGGAAUUAUAAUAUGACAGGAAAUCAUCAACACAAACAAGUACUCCAAAUGUUUGAUUUAAAGGAGCCACUUAAGCAAGAAAAACAGGUGCCUCCGCAACAUCUGAACUUAAAAUCUUUGACACAAAAGAAUUUUUGUGAUAAGAAAGCAGCUGAGAAAAGGAAAUAUGAAGAGAAAGGAACAGAUUCGCCUCCAAAGAAACCAAAAUCCAAACCAGUUAUCCAGGAUGUUGAUAUGGCAGUGCAUGUGAAAUAUAAUCAGCUGUCCAAAUUGAACAGUGUUACUCUUCAAUCUUGGCUGAAAAGUCGUGGUGUUUCUGUGAAAACAAGGGAUAAGAAGGAGCACCUGGUUUCCAAAAUCAUGGAGUUCAUCAAAGGAUCUACAGAAUGAUUUUGAGAAUAUCCAUCUAGAUCAAUUGAGUAGAAAAGAGAUAUUCCAAAUAUUUUCAGUUGUCUGUUCUUUGUGUAACUCCUAGUGCCUGGAAGGUUUAGCAUAGUUUCUGUUUUGAUUAAUAUUUUGAUUUAUAUUCUAAUACCAUCUAUAUUCAAAAGUUGGUUUGUUCAGUAAUAGUGUUAAUUCACAUUAUCCAACAGUAAUGAUAAUAAUUGCUGUCAAAAAAUUAAUCAGUCAUUACUGCACUCUUUUAAUUAGCUUCAGCAGCUAUUGUGUGAUUCAAAAUAAUCUCUAAUUUGCACUACUAUGUUGUGUUUUUAAUGAAAGAGCACAUCCAUUUAUCAUUGUCUUAGAUGUGACAUCUGUAAUUAACAGUUAUAAAUGUAGUCUGAUCUACUUUUCUGAAACAUUUUAAAAUAAAUUAAACAAUUAUUUAA